CAUGUUAGCUUGAGCCAGGCUGCUUAAUCACCAGAGUCUUAAAGCCUGUAUUACAGUAGCUCACCGCCAAAUGGUGCAACGCUGGGCUAAAAGUCCUCAGCAGCUCUCCACCUGACCACAGACUGACUCCACCUCUGUGUUUACCUCGGCUGCCAUUUUACGGAAGAGAGCAGAGGUAAUCAGACACCUGUGGUGCCGGCCUCUGCAGGUACCCUCCCAUGAAGGGAGGAACCUGAAGGGAGGCGUCCCCAGACUGGGUAGACCAGUGAGACACAUUUUUUUCCAACCUGAGGAGUGUUUUUUUCUCACACAACAGCACACAGGGCUUUCCUGUAAACUGGGAACUACGAGUACAAUUCAGUCAAGAACCCCAGGCUGUUUUUAAAGACUCCACAACUUUAUGGAUAAUACCGGACAGCGUGUUGAGAAAGCUUUUGUGGAAGGCAGGUGAACUCUGCUCUCUUGCUCUCCCAGGGAGAUUACAGCAGGACGUGCUUCCAGCCACUGAACAGCUUGGCUUCACUUGCAGCGUCAUGGGAAUCUUGCUCACAUAGAGGAGGCUGAACUGUGCUGCUGACAACAUGCAGUGAGUCGUAGACUUUGUGUGAUAUUAUGAAAGUCUGCUACGGUACGUGGAACCUGUUUGCGUGCCACUAAAGAGGAAUACAGGAUAGUGGGGUUGUAAUUGGCGCCCUUCUGGAGAAAGUAAGAGGAGCUGGGGAGAUUUUUUCCUUACAAAGGCCUUUUGUUCCCAGUAGAGGUGGAAUAGGAGCAGCUUGGUUAACUGGAGUUAGGGACAUUUGUGACAUUUUUAAUGGACACUUUGCCAGACCUGUUACUUUUAAUUUGCCUUUCUUUGCUCUCAGUUGAUGUGACUCUUUGAGCCAAAAUGGACAGUAGUAACUCUGAUAGACUGGGGAACCAGCCCCCUAGUUCCCUCAUGAAUGUCUUCAGCAGUUUCUUCGGCCGAGAUAGACCUGCUCCUUCAGACUCGGCCGUGCUGAUGUCUUACAAGGAGCUGCCGGAUGAGGAGAGUCCUGUUCCUGAAGGCGGCCAAACUAUUAACAGUGAGUUAGAGACUGCUUCCUGUGAUACAGGGCAGAAUGUGGAAUCAUUGGAAACCUGCAAGGAGUCUGGGGAUGAAGUUAAAACAACUUCUGGAGCAUCGCUUGACUUGGAUCUGGUCCAGGUCACGCGGGUUGAAACGUACAGUGACAAUGAGGAUGAGGAGGCGGCCCACAGCAGCACCAGGACCAAGGAGCCUGAGGAGGAUAGUAACACAGCAGAGCAUGGCGGCAGAGAUGAGCCAAAAGAUAACCGCGAGGCAGAAGUGGAGUACUCAGUGCCUGUGUUUAGAACACACAGAUUUACGGAGCGAUCCCGCAUAGAAGAGAUUCUGUAUUCAGACAGGUUUGUUAACAGAAAUGUCUCCAGGAAAAGUCUGGUCUCUUCAGUCUCCAAACCAGCAGAUGGAUGUAGUCCCGAAGAGAGCGCCACCAACGUGUCUUUGCAUGUAGAAGCAUCUGGUGCUGAAGAGAAGAAUAGUAACAAAGUGGGAACAGAUGAGGAUGAGGAGUUUGCUGCUAUAGAUUGUUCUCUGCCUGUUCCUGCCAUCAUCUCUGGACAUGGUGUUUUGGAGGCCUCGGAUCGUAACGCUGCCACUCCUGCUCCUUUAAAGGAGAACGUAAAUGGUGCACAGAAGGAGGAGACACAUGAGCGAAGAGCUGAAACUGAGGAGGGGACUGAGGAACCUCCUUCCAGCCUUAAUGCUGAUCAAGAAGAUCUUAAUCCUGCCUCAGGCGCUCCUUUAAAGGAGGAUGUAGAUUGUACACUGAAGGAGGAGGCACAUAAGCAAAGGGCUGAGAAGGGGAUUGAGGAACCUCCAUCCAGCCAGGUGUCCUCUGUUCUCUCCACACCCAAGACUCGUGAAGAUUCAGUCCCAUCAUCCUCCAGUCCGGACGAACACUCAGAUUCUGCUGGUAAGAAAACGGAAAAGGCACCCUCUGCUCCUGAAGAGGCCCCAAGUGAUGUCCAACCUAGUGCCAGUCCUGCCUUGCAGAACACACCUGCUGCAAAAACGCCAGAAAAAACACCUCCAGCUUCAUCACUUUCACCCUCCACCUCGUCCCCAUCCAGGGGCAUGGCGCUCUCUUCGCCCCCUUCCUUCCAGAUGCCAGCUCUCUUCAGUGGGUUGCGUGUGCUGAAGAAAGGAGCGGUGGGGGGCGACAGGGAGACGGUGUCAGAGAUAAAGCAGAGUGAGAAGGAUGCUGAUCUGGCCCUGCUGAGCCUGAAGAAGACGGUAAACAAAGCCAAGCUCUUCCCCGAGCAGAAAACACCCUCUCCGACCAAAAAACACACAGAGCCUAAACCUGUUGGGGACACUAAAAGCUCUGUAAUGGGACACCUCAGUCAGCUGCUCAACCUGGAAAACAACGACGAGACCAAAAAGACGGAUGUCGAGCAGGAUGCUGAUCCUAAACACGCCAGAGAAGAGUCUGAGACCGGAGAAGUGGUUGCAGGAGAGAAGAUUCCCAGCACUGACACCCCCACAUCUUCACCAGAGAAAAAGAAAACCUCAGACCUGGCCUACGAAACCUUCAGGAACAUAUUUGGCCCCAAAACUGUCAAAAAUGAAAAAACUGAUGAAGUAGAUCUGGAUGCAGUGAAAAAGAAAAUCAAGAACGACAAGGAAAGUCUGAGGUCUAUUUUUGAGAGAGCCGCCAAAUCCCCCAUCAAGGAACCCAACAGUCCCAAAGAGGCUAAUACGGAGCUCACAUCCCCGACAGACAGUGAGGACCGGACCCCAGGGCGCCUGCAGGCUGUGUGGCCCCCACUCAAACCCGAUGAGGAGGAGAAGGUGGGGCUCAAAUACACUGAAGCAGAGCACCAGGCCGCCCUCCUGCAGCUGAAGAGACAGUGCAAGGAAGAUCUGGAGAGGAUGCAUUCCGACUUUGAGCUUCAAAUCUUCCAACUGCGAGGUGAGCAUGCUGUCUCAAUAUCACACCUGGAGGGACUUGUUGCUAAGAUGCAAAGAGACAAGGGAUACACAGGUCAGGAGCGGGGAGAAGUCCGCCACAUUGGCGUGUCCACUUCUGAUGACCUGACACUUAAGACCUGGCGCACCGUGAGCAUCCAGACGGACCGGGAGACCUUCAUCAAGAGCCCUGAGGGGGCCGGUGGCGGACUCGCUCAAAGCCCAAACCAGAAUGUGCCGAAAAAACUCAACUUUGACUCUAUCGGACUAAAUCUCAAGGGUGAAACGGCACCAGGACCUUCUGGACCACCCCCACCCCCGCCACCUCCUCCCCCUCUUCCACCAGGCUUUUCAGGAGGCCCACCUCCUCCUCCUCCCCCACCUCCUCCUCCUCCCCCCCCUUUGCCAGGCAGCACUGGAGCCCCACCACCACCACCCCCACCACCUCCGCUCCCUGGAGGUGGUCCGCCGCCCCCACCGCCUCCUCCUCCUCCUCCUCCUCCCGGCCUACCUGGAGCUGGUCCACCUCCUCCUCCUCCUCCUCCAGGCGGCGGCCCACCACCUCCUCCACCUUUUGGGGGCUUUGGUAUCAGCCAGAGGGUGAACAAGGCCCCACGUAAAGGUGCCAUUGAGCCAGCCUGUCCUAUGAAGCCCCUGUACUGGACCAGGAUACAGAUAGAGGACAACAACAACAACACACUCUGGGGGGCUCUGAAGGAACCAGACAUCGUCAACACCAAUGAAUUCGAGGAUCUUUUCUCCAAGGCCACCCUGCAGGCGAAGAAGAAGCCCCUGUCAGACACCUACGAGAAGAAAGCCAAAACUAAGAAGAUUAUCAAGCUGCUGGAUGGGAAGCGCUCACAAGCAGUUGGCAUCCUCAUAUCCAGCCUGCACCUGGAGAUGAAGGACAUUCAGCAAGCUGUUCUCACUGUGGACAACUCUGUGGUGGAUUUGGAGACCAUUGAAGCUUUAUAUGAAAAUAGGGCCACCACUGAUGAGAUGGCCAUGAUAACGAGACAUUAUGAGAAUUCCAAAGAAGAUGAAGUCAAACUGCUGGACAAACCUGAACAGUUUCUCUAUGAGCUCUCCCAGAUUCCGGACUUUGCAGGCCGAGCUCACUGCAUCAUCUUCCAGUCGGUGUUCCUCGACACCAUCUCCUCCAUCCGUCGCAAGGUGGAGGUCAUCUCACAUGUCAGCAAAGAGCUGUUGGAGUGUAACAGCUUGCGGGAAGUACUGGCUCUUGUUCUGGCCUUUGGGAACUAUAUGAACGGAGGGAACCGGACUAGAGGUCAGGCUGAUGGCUUUGGAUUGGAGAUCCUCCCAAAACUAAAGGAUGUCAAGAGCAGGGAUAAUCGUAUCAACCUGGUGGAUUAUGUUGUGUUAUACUACCUGAAGAAUUUUGACAAGCACGCCGGCACAGACAAGAGUGUGUUCCCCAUGCCGGAGCCUCAGGAGUUCUUACAGGCGUCUCAGGUGAAGUUUGAAGACCUCACCAAGGACAUCAGGAAGCUGAAGAGAGAUCUGACCGCUUGUGAGAAGAACGUGCAGAAGGUGUGCACAAACUCGUCAGAGGAACACCUCCAACCUUUCAAGGAGAAGAUGGAAGGAUUUAUCUCGGCUGCUCAAAAAGAUCAUUCAGCUGAAGAGGAUCGACUCAAUGCAGCACAGAAAAGUUUCCAGGACAUGCUGAGCUACUUUGGGGUCAAGCCAAAGUCCGGGGACAAAGAAGUGGCCCCAAGUUUCGUUUUCAUGCUCUGGUACGAGUUUUGCAACGACUUCAAGAACACUUGGAUACGGCAAAACAAGAACAUCUCCAAGGAGAGGUUGAAGGAAGCUCAAGAAAACAUCAAGAAGAUCACAGCGGAGAAGAGAGUUGAAACCAAGAAGAUCAAUGCCAACAGCCUGAAAGAGAGGCUGCGGCAGAAGGAAGCCAACGUGUCUUCCAGCUGAGCUACACAGCAGAAGAAGAAACGAGGAGUGGCUGGAGUGGAUCAGAAAGUUACCACCUGCCUCAGCAGACUGCCCUCUGCGACCUUUACAGACUCACAAUAAAACCUCGUCGGACUCUUACUACUCCCACUGCCGUACCUCUGCCCUGCUAACACCCACACAUACCCACCACCGCCCUCACAUCUGUCUGUCCUCUGUGCGGACAGAAGCUGGGCCUGUAGCGAGGAUACACGGCUGACACAGCCGAAAUGAUGAGAGUCUGAAAGGCCAAAGGUUGAUCUCAUUCAUCCAGCAGGGCGCGACCUCUGAGUGCCCAGCUUGUGAAAGGUCUCAAGGGGUCAGCGGGAUUCCCAACAGCUGACACAUCCAAGAGGUUCCUUGUGAGAAACAAUUUCUUUCUGAUGUGUAGAUGUAAGACGCUCCUACAUAUACAAAGUGUUAAAGUUGCUGUUAUGAAGACGAAAAACCCCUUAUCUGUCGCUCUGGAAGCGGUUAAAAAAUUUUUUAAAAGGGUAGCGAAUAGCUUUUCAUUCACCAUGGCUCAUUAAAAGUCUUGUAAAUAUGUCAUGUUGUAGAAUCGGCAGGGACCGUGCAGUGUUGCGGAGUAUGAUAAAUGAUCUGCAGCAGGCGUCACGUGCAGAUUAAGAUGUAAAAAUGUGUGUGCAUGGGAAUCAGUUGCCUGGAGGUUUCACUGUAUUGUGUAGCACACUGCACCAGACCGACCUCUUCUGGGUGACGGCCAGAGAAGAGCAGACCCUGGCAGCGAGCCUCGCCCCCUCCCUCACAAAAACGUGUACUUAAAAACAAGUUUUGGCUGUGCACCCAUUCACAUAAGAUAUUAAAUCCACAUUGUACAAAACCCUCCAUUGCGUGCUCUGCGUGCACACUUUUGAAGCACUUUACUGCUUGCAGUAGCUGUAUGUCGUAGCUCGCUAUAAGCCACACUCCCCUGUUAAUGCUAACUGCGUGCAUUUUUUUCAGAUUGUCUUGCACUUUUUUGCACCUCUUUUCCUAUGCAAGUGUAUGGUUUAAUUGUUAGAAGAUUUAUGAAUUGUAUUGCUUCAUUAUGAAAUCCUAUUAGAAUUUUUUUAAAGAUGUUUUAAGAUGUAACCAAACUCCUGUGUCAUUCUAGAAAAGUCUAUUUAUGUAAGGAAAGAUUUAUUUUCUGCCAAAAAGCAUCAGCUUUGUUCUUGGGCUGUAUUUUUAUGAGUUGUAACUGACUGAGAAGCUGCCUGAUGGGUCAGAUGAAAGAUAUAUUUUCACAUGGAUAUUAUGUGUGUACUUAUUUACAGUGAAGAUAUGAAGGAGUUUGCAUAGAAUGGAGAUAGCCUUUUUUGUUUGGGGAGAAGAGGGUUGUAUUUUUGGGUAUUGACAACAUUUAUGAAGCAUAUCACCUGAAGCCAUGUGAGCUGAUACCUCAGACAGACUUCCAUUAUCAGAAUAUCCAUAAAACUGCACCUUGAAUUACUUUUUUACCCUCCAAAGUCCUUCACGUGUGCCAUUUAUUUUAUAAAAACAAACCUAGAUAUUUCAUAUACUGCUAUGUUUUAAUUUUGAGGGUUUGAAAAGCAAAAAAAAGAGCUGACCAACGAACUGCUGUAGCCUCUACUGUAUGUAUGUCAGGUUCAUGUAACCUUCAGUAGCUCUCAUAUAGGUGCUCUGUGAUUUUAUGGAAUUGUUUUAAAUUUCAAGAAUAAACUACUGGAUGCCGAACAAAACUGGUCCAAUA